AUGGCUAAACCCCUGUUGAAAUCUCGCACGAUCCUCGAACCUUUUGCACAAUUCAACGCAUCGUCAUCAUCAAUUCGAUCUCUAGCUCUUUUUUCCACAUCUCCUUCCGAAACCCUAAUAUACGUCGGCACUGUCUCCGGUAAACUCCUCCUACUCUCUCUUCAUCAUCCCAAUUCCAAUUCUAGUAGUAGUCAUAACCAAGAGAGUAGUAGUAACAAUGAGAACAGAGAUAACGAUGAUCAAAUUAAAUUUGUGCGGCAUAUGUUGAUAAGCGACUGUGCAGUAGAAUCAAUACAUGUAUUUGGUGAAAUUGAGAAGGUUUUAGUUGUUUCCGACGGGUUUAUACAUUUUGUUGAUUUAGAAUUAGUUAAACCUGUGAAAAAGAUCGGUGCUCUGAAAGAUGUUAGUUUUGUUGCUAGGAGGUUGAGGAGUAAAGGAAAUGAGGGUUUCACAAAGUUAACCGUGGGAGGUGGAGCAGAUGCAAGUGGCGGCUCGAGUUUCUUGCAGAGGUUUGGUGGUGGUGGUGGUGGUGGCAGGUUAAACGGUGGUGUUGUGAAUGAUUUACCUAUUGAUGAUAACUGUGUUUUUGCUGCUGCUGUUGGGAAGAAACUGAUUUUAGUGGGGCUUGUUGGUAGGAGUAAUGAGAGUUAUGAUAGUGUUGCAGGUCAUUGUGGUUUGAUCUUUUCAUUGCCAGACAUGAGUACACCAUGUCUUAAGGUUUUAAAAAAAGAGUAUAAAGUUCUUAUGCUUGUUGACAAUGUUGGGAUUAUUGUUGACUCUCAAGGGCAACCAGUGGGUGGAAGUUUGGUCUUUCAUGGAUCUCCAGAUGGUAUAGGGGAGAUAGGCACAAGUGUCAUUUCUCUUCACAAUGGAAGAAUGGAGUUGUAUCUUAAAAAAUCAGGGAAAUGUGUUCAGAAGAUUGUGUUUUCAGUAGAAGGAACUGGUCAACGUGUCAUAGCAGAUGAUGAAGAUGAAACUGGCAAGGUGGUAGUUGUAGCAACAUCAUCCAAGGUAAUUUGCUACUUGAAAGUACCCUCUGAAGAACAAAUUAAGGUUUUUUUGAGAAAGAAGGAUUUCAAGGAGGCAAUUUCUUUGGUUGAGGAGCUUCAUGAUGAUGGUGAAAUAACAAAGGAAGCAAUGUCAUUUGUUCAUGCUCAAGUGGGAUUCUUGUUAAUGUUUGACUUGCAUUUUGAAGAAGCAGUUGACCACUUUCUAUUAUCAGAAACCAUGCAGCCUUCUGAGAUCUUUCCAUUCAUCAUGCCAGAUCCAAAUCGUUGGUCAUUGCUGGUACCUAGGAAUCGUUAUUGGGGUUUACAUCCUCCACCUGCCCCUUUGGAAACUGUUAUUGACAAUGGAUUGAUAGCUAUUCAAAGAGCUAUUUUUCUUAAAAAAGCAGGUUUGGAGACAGCUGUAGAUGAUGAUUUCCUUUUGAAUCCUCCAAAUAGAGAUGAUUUAAUGGACUCUGCUAUAAAAAACUUAAUCAGGUACUUAAAGGCUUCACGUGAGAAAGAGCUGACAUCAUCUGUGAGGGAGGGAGUUGACACGUUAUUAAUGUAUCUUUAUAGAGCUCUGAAUUUAGUUGAUGAAAUGGAGAGUCUUGCUUCUUCUGAAAACUGGUGCAUAGUGGAAGAGUUGGAAACUUUACUGAAUGAGUCAGGGCAUUUAAGGACACUUGCUUUUCUUUGUGAAAGCAAAGGGAUGAGUUCUAAGGCUCUUGCCAUUUGGAGAAUAUUGGCAAGAAACUAUUCAUCCGGAUUUUGGAAGGACCAAACACGGAUAAAUGAAACAAGUGGGGAAGGUGUAAACAUUAUAUCCGGUAAAGAGACUGCAGCAACUGAAGCUUCAAGGAUUCUUGAGGAAUUAUCUGAUAAAGAUCUCAUUCUGCAACAUCUUGGAUGGAUUGCAGAUAUUAACCAGGUGCUUGCUGUUCGAGUAUUGACAUCUGAAAAAAGGAGUCAUCAGCUUCCACCAAGUGAUGUAAUUGCUGCAAUUGACACGAAAAAAACUGAAAUUCUUCAAAGAUAUCUGCAAUGGUUGAUUGAAGAACAAGACUCUGAUGAUCCUCAGUUUCAUACAUCAUAUGCUCUUUUACUUACUAAAUCAGCACUUGAAAGUUAUGAAACAGAAAUUUCAUCUGAAGCUGGAACCUCAAAGCAGAUUAAUGGUUUGGAGCCUGAAAAGCAAUCCAUAUUCCAAAAUCCUGUGAGAGAGAGACUGCAAUUCUUCUUACAGUCUUCAGAUCUUUAUGACCCUGAAGAAGUUCUUGAUUUGAUACAAGAAUCAGAAUUAUGGUUGGAAAAGGCUAUUCUUUAUCGAAAACUAGGGCAAGAAACAUUGGUGCUCCAGAUCCUAGCUGUAAAAUUGGAGGACAAUGAUGCUGCUGAACACUAUUGUGCUGAAAUUGGAAGACCAGAUGCUUAUAUGCAGUUGCUUGAUAUUUAUCUAAACCCAACAGAUGGGAAGAAACCCAUGUUCAAAGCUGCUGUUAGGCUUCUCCAUAAUCAUGGAGAAUCUCUUGAUCCUCUGCAAGUUCUUGAGAGAUUAUCCCCAAAUAUGCCCUUACAGCUUGCUUCGGAUACAAUAUUAAGAAUGCUAAGAGCUCGUCUUCAUCAUCAUUAUCAAGGACAAAUUCUCCAUAAUAUGUCACGGGCUGUUGGGCUUGAUGCAAAUUUAGCAAGAUUGGAGGAAAGAUCACGACAUGUACAAAUUAACGAUGAAAGUUUAUGUGAUUCUUGUCAUGCAAGACUUGGAACAAAGUUAUUUGCAAUGUAUCCAGAUGACACCGUUGUUUGCUACAAGUGCUUCAGACGGCAGGGUGAGUCGACAUCUGUAACAGGUCGGGAUUUUACGAAUGAUCCGGUGUUUAAACCCGGGUGGCUUGUUACUGAUUGAUGAUUAAUUAUUAGAUACAUAACAUGAAGAGUUCCAAUCCAUACAAAAUGGAUGAUGUUAUUUAGUUUUACACUGAUGUAAGAGCCCAAUUUUUGUAUGUUGUUAUCCAAGAUAUGUAAAGCAUUCGCUGUAAUCAUGUAAAUGAGGACAAUUGCAUGUUUUUUUUUUUUAGAGUUUUUGUUAUAGAGGAG